UAAUUCUAAUUAAUUUCCCAAAUUCUUAACCUAACCCUACUUUCUACCAUUUGCAUAUUCCUAUAAACCUCUUUUUUUCUUUGCCCUUUCAACAGACAAUUAAAAGAUGCCUCGUUACAAGGACGAGUCCCCUGCAGUUCGGGUCUACACUGUCUGUGACGAAUCAAGAUAUUUGAUUGUGAGGAACGUUCCAGAAUUGGGAUGUGGGAGUGAUUUGCUGAAACUGUUUUCAUCCUAUGGAGAAGUCGAAGAGUGUAAGCCAAUGGAUGCAGAGGACUGCGACCAAUUCACUGAUGUCUUUUGGAUCAAAUUCCGCCUUAUCAGCAAUGCCAGGUUUGCCAAAAGAAAAUUGGAUGAAUUUGUUUUCUUCGGGAAUAAAUUGCAAAUUUCGUAUGCUACCCAAUUCGAAAGCCUGUCGGACACAGUGGAUAAAUUAGAGGGAAGAAGAAGGGAGGUUUUAGCGCGAUUGAACCCUGGAAGAUCUAAAGGUACCACAACCUCAAGUUCUAAGCCUUUGAUUACAUCAAAUAUUAAUCGCACAGAACAUUUAGAUCCUAAUGCAAGGGAUGUACAUUUUGAAGAAGGUUCACACAGCGGUAAUUUUCCAAUAAGAACAGUUUCCUCUAAUGAGGAUUAUUUUGCUUCACGUUCCAUGAAUCAAACAGUGAAUCUUGUGCGGAAUAAGCUUGAUAAGAUUCGAUCAAGCGGCGAGCAUAUACAAGCUGGAUCUGUGUCAAAGAAACAACGAGUUGAUAAUAGGAGGAGAAUUUAAUCUGUAAAUUAAGUCACAGCUUAACUGAGGAUGAUCCUGUGCCAUUGAGUGGGUGCCGCAACAAACAUUUCAAUUGCAUAUGUACCAAAAACUUAGUACUUCAACAAUUCGGUCUUCCACUUACACCCGUUUGUACUGUAUGUUUGACCCUUCAAUUUGAAAGGUCCUGUUAUGUAAAUAUAAAUAGGAUAAAGAAUGUUUGUUAGUUAGUCAGUUACUAUUAGGAUUUUAUAGUCGUUGGGUAGUUGCUAUAAGUAAAGCAUAGGUGUUGUACUUUAUACAUACUAAUAAUAUAUUUGUUGUAGGAGAUGGAAUAAAAUGUACAUAGUCUUAGGGUUGAAUUAUUGUUAUUAUUGUAAUUCUUAGGGAUAAAAAGAACACACUAAUAAUA